GGUGUGUCCCAGCGGCGCUCCCUCCCCCGCCAGGGUCUGGGGGUUUGGUCUGGACCCUGCGACCCGGCUCCGGCUCCUCGUACCCGAAUUCUGCCUCCCCCUCGGCCGAAGCCGCCUUCCCCGCCGCGACCCUGCAGCGGGGCAGCGUCCGGUGGGCGCGAGGCGGCCGAGCCGCGCCGGCGGAGACAGCGGUGCGUGGUGGGCGCCGCGCAGCCCGCCUUCCUCCCCUGAGCUCCCUGCUGGUGGGCUGACGCUGGCUGAGUUCUUGUUUCAAUUACUGGUGACUGCACCUGAAUUUUCCAGCUGCAGGAUGUGUAGUGCCUUUACAGGUAAAUGAAGAUUAAGGUUGGCAAUGAUGAAUAAAUUGGAAUUAAAGGAAGACAAAGUGCUGGAGGUUCGGUUUGUGGGAGAUGAUGAUGUUCUUAAUCACAUUCUUGAUAGAGAAGGAGGUAGAGCGAAAUUAAAAAAGGAGCGACCUCAACUUUUGGUCAACACAAAAAAAAUAAUAAAGAAGCCGGAAUAUGAUUUGGAGGAAGAUGGCCUGGAAGUCUUAAAAGAUAAGAACUAUGUGGAAGUUUUAGGACGAGAUGUUCAAGAAUCUUUGAAAAAUGGCUCUGCUACCGUUGGUGGGAAUAAAGUUUAUUCUUUUCAGAAUAGGAAACACCCUGAAAAGAUGGCUAAAUUAGCUUCAGAACUAGCAAAAACACCAAGAAAAAAUGUGUCAUUCAGUUUGAAGAAUGAUUCUGAAAUUAUGACAAACAUUCCUCAAUGUAGCAAGGGGCAUUCGACUUCAGAUGAAGUUCAGUUGAAGAACAAUGAUAAAAGUGAAUUUCUGUCAACAGCAACUCGUGUUCUAAGGAAAAGAUUAAUAGCCCCAAGGUCUCAUUCUGACAGCGAAAGUGAAUAUUCUGCUUCCAACUCAGAGGACGAUGAAGAGGUUGCACAAGAAUUUGAAGAGGACGCUAAUAAAGUCCUAUUGAGCCCGAAGACUCAAGCUCAGAAUAGAGUAGUUUCAGCUCCUGUUUACAAAGAAACACCUUCUAAGAAAAUGAAAAGAGAUAAAACAAGUGACUUAGUAGAAGAAUAUUUUGAAGCUCACAGCAGUUCAAAAGUUUUAACCUCUGAUAGAACACUGCAGAAACUAAAGAAAGCUAAACUGGAUCAGCAAACUCUGCGUAACUUAUUGAGCAAGGUUUCUCCUUCCUUUUCUGCUGAACUUAAACAACUAAAUCAACAAUAUGAACAAUUGUUUCAUAAAUGGAUGUUGCAGUUACACCUGGGGUUCAACAUUGUGCUUUAUGGUUUGGGUUCUAAGAGAGAUUUACUAGAAAGGUUUCGAGCCACCAUGCUGCAAGAUUCCAUUCAUAUUGUCAUCAAUGGUUUCUUUCCUGGAAUCAGUGUGAAAUCUAUCCUGAAUUCUAUAACAGAAGAAGUCCUCGAUCAUAUGGGUACUUUCCGAAAUGUACUGGAUCAACUAGACUGGAUAAUAAACAAAUUUAAAGAAGAUUCUUCUUUAGAACUCUUCCUUCUUAUCCACAAUUUGGAUAGCCAAAUGUUGAGAGGAGACAAAAGCCAGCAAAUUAUUGCACAGUUGUCAUCUUUACGUAACGUAUAUCUUAUAGCAUCUAUUGAUCACCUCAAUGCUCCUCUCAUGUGGGAUCAUGUAAAGCAGAGUCUUUAUAACUGGCUCUGGUAUGAAACCACUACGUAUAGUCCUUAUACUGAAGAAACCUCAUAUGAGAAUUCUCUUCUUGUUAAACAGUCUGGAUCACUACCACUUAGUUCCCUAACUCAUGUCUUACGAAGCCUUACCCCUAAUGCAAGGGGGAUUUUCAGGCUACUAAUAAAGUAUCAGCUGGAUAACCAGGAUAACCCUUCUUACCUAGGACUUGCUUUUCAAGAUUUUUACCAGCAGUGUCGGGAGGCAUUCCUUGUCAAUAGUGAUCUGACACUUCGGGCCCAGUUAACUGAAUUUAGGGACCACAAGCUUAUAAGAACCAAGAAGGGAACUGAUGGAGUGGAAUACUUACUCAUUCCUAUUGACAACGGGACGUUGUCGGAGUUCCUGGAAAAGGAGGAAGAGGAGUCCUGAAGCUCUCCUUUACUCCUGAAUAUUCUGUGGAAGGUUGUACUCCGGCUGCCUCUCCUGCAGUCUAAACUGUGUUUACAUCCAGCACCAGACUCUUUCCAUUGUACAAGAUUUAAAAGUGGGAGGGGGAUGUCAUGAAUUAGAACCUUGAUUAGCCUGGCUAAUUACCAGCUCUAGUACUAUGCUAUUCAGUGGUCCUCAAGUUGGAGAAACUGUGCCUUUUAUUCAUUACCUCUCUGGAGAUUCUUGCUGGAGUGAAUAGUGUGCUCAGGGACUAUUUGGAACUAGAUGUUUUUAAUUCUUUUAUAUUAGAGGUGAUAUUACUCCUGAUUCUUUGAGGGCCUUUUAACACUCCUGGGGCUACUUGUUCCAGCGUGCAGAAGUACAAAGACAUUGGCAUCACACAGAUCUGCUCUGUGUCAGAGCUGAUAAGUGAAAUGGAGAAGACUUACUGUUUCUGAACUGGCUUAACGAAAGAAAUAAAAUUGGGGAAAACUAGGCGAUCCAGCUUUCUCUUUUAGGAUUUAAACUACAUACUGGGUGGAGGCGGGGGGUGCAUGACACUAUUCAGUUGGGAUAGUGGGAAAAGCAUAACAAGUAUAUAGGGUGUAUACCCAGCCUAGAAAGCACAUGAAAAAUAUGAAACACUUAAUGUUUGUGCCAUCACCUUCAUGAUACAAGUGAGAAGCCAGGCUAGAGAAAUACUUUUGAAUUUUUUAGUCACUAUCUUCAAGACAACAGAAAAUAAAAAUUUAAGUAUUCUUGUAUAUUGAUCUAUUUCUUUUCUUGAAUAACAUGCAGGUGAGUAGCAUAUUAAUAGCUGGCUUUAAAUUAAAUUUUUAAUAUUUUUUAUUGGUUUCAGAGAAGAAGGGAGAGGGAGAGAGAAAUAGAAACAUCAGUAAUGCGAGAGAAUCAUGGAUCGGCUGCCUCCCACAUGCCGCACAUGCCCCUGGAUCGAGCCCACAUCCAGGCAUGUGCCCUGACUGGGAAUCAAACCAGGACCUCCUGGUUCAUAGGUCGACGCUCAACCAGAGCCACACGGGCCGGGCUGGCUUUAAAUUAAUUGAUUUCUCUAUCAAGUACAUCUAAAACUCACUGUAAGGCAUUUCAGUCUUUUUCUUAGUGACAAUUUCAAGCCUUCUAAAUAUUUACACAAGCCUUUUUCUUAAGAAAAAAAGGCUAACUGUGGUCACUGUACUCAGCUUAUAGUUUUCACAUAUUCCCUGAAAUAUUUCAUACUUGGAAAUGAAAAUCAUCAUUAAUAUCACUGUAAUAAAGUAUAUAUCACAUCAGCA